GUUCUGUUAACUAAACUAAAAAAACAAAUCAAUCAAAAUGUUCAAAUUCUUCGCUUUGUGCUUGUUCGCUGUUGUUGCCUUGGCUGCCGCUAAACCCGGUAUUGUGGCUCCUUUGGCCUACUCUGCUCCCGUUGUAGCUGCUGCUCCUUAUACCGCCGCCUACGCUAGUCCUUAUGCUGCUGCUUAUACUGCUCCCUAUGCCGCUGCCUACUCCGCUUACUCUGCCUAUCCUUAUGCUGCCUCUCCUUAUGUAGCUUCUCCCUACACAGCUGCCUACUCUGCCUAUCCUUAUGCUGCUUCUUAUGUUUUGCGCAAAUAGAUUUUGUGUUUAGAGAAGAAUUGUUUAAUGUUGAAGUUAUUUGUUGAAUUUACUAAUGAAUUAGAAAAAAAAAACUAAAUGAAACUAAAAAAAAAAUAAAAUAAUUUUACUAAAAAAAGUGCCAAAAUCCGAAAAAAAA